AUGCGCGGCUAAGCUGUUUCCACCAUGAGAGUGUUAGUUGGUGGUGGGUCUGGAUUUGUUGGCAGAGCCUUAACCCGGUUGUUGAAGGACCGAGGACAUGAAGUUACCCUGGUUUCCCGCAGUCCCGGAAAGAACCGAGUUACCUGGGAUGAACUUUCCCGCUUGGGGCUCCCUCCAUGUGAAGGGGUCGUCAACCUUUCUGGAGAAAAUGUCCUCAACCCCCUCCGAAGGUGGAAUGAAUCCUUUUGCCAGGAGGUCGUUGCCAGCCGGAUAGAGACUACAAAAGCCUUGGCAAAAGCCAUUGCUGGGGCUGAACACCCACCUCAAGCCUGGGUCCUGGUCACCGGCGUAGGAUAUUACCGGCCCAGCCACACCACAAAAUACACAGAAGACAGUCCUGGUGGAGAUUUCGAUUUCUUCUCUCGCCUAGUAACUCGCUGGGAAGCAGUGGCUCGAAUCCCUGGUGAUGUCACACGCCAAGCAGUUGUGAGAUCUGGUGUUGUGCUGGGCAGAGAUGGCGGUGCCAUCGCCCAAAUGCUGUGGCCCUUUCGCCUCGGCCUGGGAGGGCCCAUCGCCUCUGGCCGCCAGCCUUUUCCUUGGAUCCACGUGGCGGAUUUGGCGGGCAUUUUGGCCCAUGCGUUGGAACGGGAAGGAGUCAGCGGGAUCCUGAAUGGCGUCUCACCAACUGCUGUUACCACCACAAAUAAGGACUUUGCCCAAGCGAUGGGGUCAGUGCUCAGGCGGCCCGCCCUGUUGCCCCUGCCGGGUUUUGCCGUUUCGGCCAUUUUUGGCCCCGAACGAAGCAUCAUGUUGCUGGAAGGGCAGCGAGUGGAGCCCAAGCGGACUCUGGAGAGCGGCUACUGCUUUGCGUUCCCUGAUCUUCCCUCUGCCCUCCGGGAUAUCUUAGUCUGAGCUGAUAAAAAAGAAACCUUGGCGUUAUCAGUUUUAUAUAAUGCUGCUGGUGGUGUGUUAUAAAUUAUCAGAUGCAUUAUACUGUAAGACUAUGUUUACUUGAAGGCACGGAUAUGUCCAAAGAUCAUUAUAUUACCAUUAUAGAGCAGAGAUACAGCAAAGAAUACAUUUCAUCUUCACUAUAUUUCAAAUGGUAAUAAAUGAGUGGGUUGUUGUGAGUUU